CGGGGCGGCGGGAAGGCCCGCCUGGUGCCGCCGAUGUCGCCGCAGCCGCCCAUGGAGGCGAUGGAGGCGCCGCUCAACUUGGCUCAUCAGCAGAGCAGAAAAGCUGACCAUUUGCUGGCUGCGGGGAAGUACGAAGAAGCCGUUUCAUGUCACCGAAAGGCAGCAGCGUAUCUUCUGGAAGCUAUGAAGUUGACUCAAUCAGAUCAGGCCCAGUUAUCCCUGGAGUUGCAAAGGAAGAGCCACCUGAAACAGAUUCCCCUUAUCCAAGAGCGAUGGAAAAGGACGCAAAGGGACGAAAGGUUGAAAGUGCGCCCUCUUGUGGACAAAGAGAGCGUGGCCCACCUGCAGAGCUCUUCUAAGUCCUCAGCGGAGGACCCCGAGGACCAGCAUGGAACGCCGGCCAGCCUCAAGUACAGGGCCCCCUUGGAGAAGGAGAUGAAGGGCUUCCAGGGGGUCUUGGACAGGGAUCCGGACACUCUGCUCUUUCUGCUUCAGAAGAGGAAGGAGCCUUCCCCCGAUGCCUGCGUGAAGAGCAGGCCUCCAAAGGACGACAAGAUGAAAAUGGAGGAGCAGGCCACCAAAAUCGCAGUCCUGGAGCAGCACGUGGAGAUGCUGUUUGCUGACAAUGAGAGGCUGAGGCGGGAGAACCGGCAGCUAAAAGCGGAGCGAGCCAGGCUGCUGAAGUCCCCACUGGAAAAGGAGCUGGAUGCAGAUGCUGACUUUGUGGAGAAGUCAGAGCUGUGGGGCCUCCAGCAGCUUCCGGAAUCUGCUGCCGCCUCCGCCGCCACCACCACCACCCCCUGGCAGAAAUUGGCUGUCAGUGCUGGGAAGGGCAAGGACAUUCCCAUCCCCAGCCUUCCCCCCUUGGACAUUCCCUCCCCGGAGUUCCCACUGGUGGAACUCUCUGAAGAUCUCUUGAAGGGGUUCAUGAACAACUAAGGGAGGACCACCACUGGGUGGUGGAUUUGUCCUGGACUUUGGGGAGUGGACGCUGCUGGAACAUCCAUAACUGAAGGGAGAAAUCCUUGUGACUUGGUCACUGAAAAAAAAAAGCUUGAUGUUAUGAAUUGGUGAAGCAAAGGCAUUUACCAUCGUUGGUAAAAACUAAGCUCUCCUUGUUCUUUCUUCAAGCCAAAGGCCGGAAGGAGGGAGUCUUGACCCUCCCUCCUGCAGGGCUCCCUCGAGUAUUCUUUGGAUGCAAACGGAUCUCUUAUGCCAUAAAAUAAGGUGAAUCCUGUGUGGCACAUGGUAACAAUUUUGGUAGUGCAAGACACUUUCUAUCAUGCAUUGGAUUGCCGUUUUCUUUUAAUCAUGCACAGACACUAGUAAGCGAUUCUUGUUUCCCUUCCUUCGUAGGACGGAUCUGUGUGCCACACUUUGCACCCCUAGCUUAAUGCAUAACAUCGGCCAAUCAGGAGUAAAGCUAAAUUUCCAGAUAUUUUUAAGGACCCAAAUUUAAUUCUUCUGAAAUAUUUUGAUUUGUUUACAUAAUCAGGGUGCUUCGUAAUGUGUUUUCUGCAUAUGGAACAAGCAUUGCUCUAAACAAUUAGAUAAGAAUACUUGUUGGUGCAUGAUAGGAAGGCAUAGCUGAGAAAGAAUAAAAUGUUACAGGUCUAACUUGAAUCAUGUGUUUGUUUUCUUUUUAACAUGCCAGUAUUGAGUUUCGGAAUUCCAAUACUGAAUGCAACAGUAGCCUGCCUUUAUAGGAUGUUUAAAGAUUUUAACAGACAUCAUUUUGAUCAAAAUCUUGUUUGAGAUCUAUUAUUCCAAGAUGACAAAGAUUGAAUCAGGCACCCAUUAAAGCUCUCCAGACCAGGAUUUUAUUCUGAACUAGCUGAUAACCCAGCGUUGUCUGGGUAUUUAUUU